GGUGCGCGUCACAUUGGUUGCUCAUCCCACCUGCUCUUUUCCUCGCGUUUUCAACCCUUGUGUUUCGCGUGAAGUGCCUUUCUCCAGAGGUGCUGCUUUGGAGUUUCUCUUUUUUCACACAUGCUUCUUCGUUCGUCGUUUCUUCUGCUCCUCAAAAACAGGCGAUUGCGUUUGUAUGUUGUACGCUGUACAGCUCCGUUCAACUACUCUAUCGAUGCAGGGGUUUGUGUGCUCAGCUUCCGCGCUCGUUGCAUCUACGAACUAACCAAGCAAUAGCAAUAACAAUUCAUAUGCCUUUUUUCUCCACAACACGCUCGCGCUUGCGUCGGGCCGAACUCCUCUCCGGUGUACCGCUCAGCAAAGAAAUGCGAAAGCGCAUUCACGCCGUCACGCUGCAGUUGAGCCGCGCGCCGUGCCUCGCGGUGUUUCUCGUGGGCGACCGGGCGGACUCGAUACGCUACGUGAAUCACAAGAAGCGCGCCGCGGCUGAGUGCGGCAUCGAGAUGCGUGUGGUGCGUCUACCCAGCACGGUCCGUCAGAUUGAGCUGCACAAGGCACUCGCCGCGGUCAACGGCGAUGUCUCGGUCGACGGAGUUAUUUUGCAGCUGCCACUGCCGCCGCACCUGCGCGCCCGGCCGGCUCUCUACCACAUACACCCUGGAAAGGAUGUGGACGGGCUGCACCCACUGAACGCUGGAAAUCUGUUUUUACAGGACCAAAGUCCUCUACUUCACGUAAUAACGAGCAACAACAGCAAUGGCUGGGAGGGUGCGGGGGCAUCGUCAUCGCCAUCUUCUUCGUCAGCGUUGCCCUGCACGGACAUGGCGGGACCGGAUCACCUCGCGGACGGCCUGACGGAUGAGGUGCUGCUGCUGCCCACGGCAAGCGGCGGCUACAACGCGCUGCACCGUCGCACGCACGAGAGAAAGUUUUUUGUCCCCUGCACCGCCUUAGCUAUUCGAAGCAUUCUUUUUUCUUACCUAAGCCGCACCGAAUCGCUGUCGCACUUGAUGCGUGCAGUGCACGAGGAUGACCCGGCCAAGCCGCCUUCAUCGCCGUCCCUCUCGUCCACGCCUGCGCUAGCAGAGUCGCACAUCACGAACAGUUCGUCUAAAGAGAGCAAGACGAAGCCACAGGCUGCGGCGGUGGGCAGGGAGAAGCCGCGGGACUUGCACGCGGUGAUUGUGAACAAGAGCAUGGUGGUGGGUGUCCCGACGGCAGCGCUGCUGCACCGUGCGGGCGGUUUUGUGGUGACGUCCUGCAGCCGCAGCAACUCACUGGAGUCGGUGCGGUGUCUCGCGAGGCAGGCGGAUGUCCUCAUCACCGCAUACGGCCAGGCGAGCGUGUUUGACGCCUCUUGUGUGAAGCCGGGUGCGAUUAUCAUCGACGCCGCGAUCAACGAACUUCCGCAGCCACCGACGACUUCACACAGCACACCUGCCGCGUCGCCCGUGAGGUGGGUGCUGUGUGGGGAUGUGGAUGUGGCCUCCGUCUCCUCCGUCGCGGCGGCCGUGACAAAGACGCCGGGUGGUGUAGGGCCCCUCACGGUUUCGCAUCUAAUGAUGAACGUUCUGAAGGCGUACCGACUGCGUCACGCGAACCACAUCUACUACAAUAACAUCUACACGGAGUUUUUGAAGAUGUACGGCACCUACGACAAGGUGCGGGACUACGCGCCGAGUGCGGCGCUGGUGGUGCGCGCACCCUCCGCAGGGUCCGCUGCGACUCAGACGGCUUUGUCUGACCGAGAAAAGCUGGUGAAGUGUCCGGCUAACGACGAGGACGACCUGGACGAUGAAGACGCCGACAACGGGAGUUACGAGGUGUGA